AUGGGUUGCGGAUUUUGUGAGGCUGCUCUUUCUAACACCGUUGGAACACUGGUUGUGGACUGUGUAGUGAAGCCGGUAGGACGUCAACUUGAUUAUGUCCGUCGCUUUCAUGACAAUGUUGAAAAGCUCCGAGAGAAAAAGCGUGAACUUGCAGAUGCACGAGAUCGUCUACUACAUAUGAUUGAGGAUGCUAAAAUUCGGCUUCUACUAAUUGAAAAUGAUGUACAGAACUUGCAAUCAAGGGCAGACGAAACACUGUCGGAUAUGGGAACUCUGGAGGAGGAAAUCCAACUGAAUAAGAGGUGUCUCAUUUGGUGUCCUAAUUGGAUCGGUUACCCUGCUCCUACUGCCCUUCCCACUAUAGAUUUCCUAUGUUCUAAGGAAUUUGUGUUUUCGAAAUCUUCAGAGACUGCAUUCUAUCAAAUCAUUGAAGCCUUAAAAGAUGAGAAUAUCAACAUGAUUGGGUUGUGGGGGAUGGGAGGGGUGGGCAAGACCACCCUGGCUCGUGAAGUUGGAAGUCAAGCUCAAAAACUGAAUUUGUUUGACAAAGUUGUGAUUACGACUGUGUCUCAAAAGCCAAAUCUUGAGAGAAUUCAAGGUCAAAUUGCACAAUACAUAGGCUUUGCUAUGAAGAAUGAACAAGGAAGAAGAUCCGAGCAAGAAUUAUGGUUAAGGCUGAAGAAUGAACCGAGGAUUCUUAUCAUCCUUGAUGAUAUUUGGGAAUCUAUCAACUUAAAGGAGAAGAUAGGAAUUCCAAUUGGGGAUGAUCAUAAAGGCUGCAAAGUUCUUUUAACAACACACCGUCAACAAGUAUGUCAAGCUAUGGAUUGUCAAAACGUGGUACAACUUGGCUGUUUGAAUGAUGAUGAAGCUUGGACUCUGUUUGAAAAGAAAGCAGGUCUAGAUGGCUCUUCUGAUGAUUCUAUUAAAAUCCUAGCAAAUCAAAUUGUCAAAAAAUGCGGGGGUUUGCCUAUAGCUAUAGUUCCGCUGGGCAGUGCCUUGAAAGGUAAAACCCAUCAUUGGUGGCAAGCCGCACACCGGAGACUCGAAGAUCGUAGAUUGACUGAAAUUGAGGAUGUUAAUGAAGAAAAUGCCUAUGUAUGUCUUGAGGCGAGCUUCGACUACUUGAAGAAUAUGGAGACCAAGACAUGUUUCUUGUUGUGCUGUUUAUUUCCUGAAGAUGAUGAGAUUUAUGUGGAGAACUUGGUAGGAUAUGCAUGGGGACUGGAGUUGUAUAAAGGCAUGGACUCAAUUAAAGAUGUUAGAAGUGAAGUGCUUGCAUCAAUUGAGACCCUCAAGAACUCCGGUUUGUUGCUAGAUUGCGGAGAAAGGCAUGUCAAAAUGCAUGAUGUGGUUCGCGAAUUUGCUUUGUAG